AUGAGUGGCGACAAUCAGAAUUUUUUCCAUCUAUGUCGGUUUGGGAAGGACGACGCAUUACAAGAUAUUGUGUGGGUAGACGCGAGGAGUAGAGCUGCGUAUGAGGAGUUUGGAGAUGUUGUGUGUUUUGACAAUACGUAUUUGAUAAACAAAUUUCACCUUCCCUUUGCUGUGUUUAUCGGUGUGAACCAUCAUGGGCAGAGUAUUUUUUUUGGGUGUGCAUUGAUCUCUUGGGAGAUGCCGGAGACGUACGAGUGGGUGUUGAGGACUUGGCUACAUUGCAUGGGGGGUAAAGCUCCUAUCUCAAUCCUAACGGAUCAAGAUCCGGCGAUUAGGAAAGUUGUAAACUUGAUUAUGCCUGAGAUUUGCCAUAGGUGGUGUAUAUGGCACAUACUUCAGAAGUUUUCGAGGUAUGUUGGUAAGCAUGAGGACUAUGAAGCUGUAAAGGAUGAGUUUGAAAAUAUCAUUUAUGGUAGUUUAGAUGCUGUUGAAUUUGUAGAUCGUUGGGCGGGCGCAACUGAUUAUUACAAACUAGGAGAUAAUAGUUGGCUUGAAGUGAUUUUUGUUAGAGUAUGCAGAGGUGGUGUAGCUGGCUAUGUGCAGGGGAUUGGAAGCUGUUUCAGUUCUGACUUAGAGUAUGAGCAGAUAAGGUCCGAGUCAGAAAGAAUUGAGGACUCCAACACAAUACGGUACGUCAGGCAUUUAGCUACCGAUUUCCCAGCGGAGGAAGUAUUCCGGAAGUGUUACACGGACGCCAAAUUCAAAGAAGUUCAGCGGGAGUGCAAGAGGAUGUUGUACGUGCGUCGCCUAGAUGACUAUGAAGUUGAUGAGAAUCAAGUUGAGUUUGUUAUUGAGGACCGAGUGUGGAUCAAGCCAAAAUAUGCAAAUAAAGAAUCUGUGACUAAGGUUCGGAGAUGCUAUAGGGUGUGCUAUGACAGUAAUACAUAUGAAGCCAGUUGUGACUGUAAACACUUUGAGUGCCAUGGAAUCAUUUGUCGACAUAUGAUCUUCGUGUAUGACCAUUGCGGUGUUUCCAUUGUUCCUGAGAAGUAUAUUCUACGUCGUUGGAGGAAGGAUAUUCAAAGGAAACACACACGAGUGAAAGUAGCUUACCAUGAUCCACUUAAAACCGAUGAAGCCAGGCAAUAUCACAAAUUGAUGAGGAUGUAUGAACCAAUUCGCUCAAAGGCUUCGGCUUGUAAGGAGGGUGUUGAGGCUGUGGCAGAGUUGUUGCAAUUGAUGGACCUCAGAGUCGAUGAAAUGUUGGCAAUGGUUGCCAAAAAACAGGAAGAGUCGGCUAAGGAUAAUGAAAACGAAGGUGAGGAUGAUGGCGUACAUUAUGUUGUUCGAACGCCUUCUUCUGUGGCUUUAAACAAGGGGCCUGGUUGUACAAAUACACCAGCCACACAUGCAUCUGGGUUGCCAAAUACAAUACCUACACCAAUUAGUGCCUUUGUGGGGAGUUGUGAUGGAUCUAUCCCGGCAGUGAUUAAGGAUCCACCGCUGCCCAAGAAGAAGGCCCAUCGUACAACCAACGUGAGGUAUCCAUCUUGCACAGAGAAAAAGGGAAAAGAAAAGACUGCUAGGUUGAAAAAUGCAGCAAAGAAGCAAGUUGCGGCGGCACAUAACAGUAUGUCAUUCUCAACAAACGACUAUGUACGAUCGGUUGGAGGGAUUCAAAUGAGGGAUUUGGAUGGUUCCUUAGGGUACUUCACUUCUGUAAGGGGAACAAAUUCUGGUGGUUUUUUUUGCAAGUGUACUAGGUACUCCUGGUACAUCAGGUUCUAA